AUGGGCUUCCGCAUAAUCGUCGUGGGUGGUGGUUUGGUUGGCUUAACCACAGCUCACAUCCUCUCAAAAGCCGGCAUCGACUUCGUGGUCCUGGAGCAGCAUGACAAUGUCACGCCUUACCUGGGCUCGUUGCUAUCGAUAAUGCCUUCUACGCUCCGAGUGCUAGACCAGCUUGACUUGCUAGAUACGCUCGAGCAGCACUGCGACGUUGUGCAUCGGGUGCACUUCUUCACGGCAGACACGGCCAAAACGAUUCGGGAUGAGACUGCUAUGUUCAAGUUGAUACAGACCGACUGCGGCCAUGCUUUAUGGAUGGCACAUCGUGCAGAUAUCGCGAAAGCUCUUUACGAUAACUUGCCCGAAGACGUGAAAAGUCGUAUACUGCUGCAAAAGCGUGUUGUAGACAUCAAAGUGCUUGCUGAUGGUGUCGAAGUCAUAUGUCAGGAUGGCCAUGUGGAAAGGGGCUCCAUGGUGCUAGGUGCUGAUGGUGUUCGGAGCAGAGUCAGGAAGUUUAUUGACUGUAAAACCUCCGCUACAACAACAACAACAGUCAAGGAGGAGAAGGAGGAGAAAAGCCCAUACAUCGCCUCACACAGAGUAUUCUUUGGAGAUCUACCCAAACUUCCGGGCGUUGAUGCUGGCGUGAAUUACGAAGGGCUUCACGAUAGAGUUUCUACGCAACUUCUCGUGGGAAGCAAUCGAAUGUGGUUCAACGUGUAUGAACAGCUCGACACACCAACCCCUGACCGUAUCCGGUACACGAAAGAGGACCAACAAGCGAUAUUAGACAAAUGGGGCCAUUUAUUUGUGGCUCCCGGAUACCAACUUUGCGACAUCUACAAGUACAGGUCAAAGGAUACUGGGUUGAUCACCUUGGAAGAGGGCCUGGUGGAGAAAUGGUACUCGGAUCGCAUUGUGUUGGCUGGCGAUGCCGUUCGUAAAGUUACUUCUAAUGCUGGCUGGGGCUACAACAGUGGCUUUAUCGACGUGGUUGCCCUGGUGAACCAUCUACGCCGACUGCUCAAGUCUGAUCAGUCACCGAGCACUGAAGCUCUGAACGCGGUGUUCAAGCAAUACCAGGCGGACAGAGCCAGGAGUACACGGAUAAUAUACAAGACAUCCGCAGACCGUGUUCGUGCUGUUGUUUGGCCGGGAUGGUUGCAAAGAACUAUUGCCCUCUAUAUCAUGCCAUACGUCAAUCUGGGAAAGCUUGAUUGGAUAAUGCAAGCAAGGGCCUUGCACCGCGACUCGCCUGUUCUCGAAUGGGUGGAAGAGAAACAUUUGCCGAGUCAUCGCAUCAAGUAUAAGUAUUAUCCUCAACUAGAAAAGUGA